UUUGCCGUUUCUAUUUGAUGGUUAGUUAUUGUAGUGAAUAUGUAUGGUUCGUGACCAAGUGCAGCUUACGUACAUAACUUCAUAAUAAUUAAUAUUGAUUUGAGACUAAACUACUUGCUGUUGUCGUUGGAUUUUCUUGAUAGUUAUAGAUGGCAACGUUAGCGGAAAUAACAAUUUGGAGGUGUGUUGCUCGAGGUGCUGGACGAAUGACCAAACCUGCAAGUGUUCUUCACAGGACUAAACACAGUUGUACAAGUUUCCCCAGUGCUAUAUUGUGUCAUCCAAAAUGGCUCAGACAUGAAUCUGUACUAGGCUGUUCCAUUUGGUUAGAUAAAAGAAAAAUUCGUGAUUUUAAUACAAGUUCUCACAGAAGAAACAGAAAAAGUACACUAGCCUGGGUUGGUGUUGUAGGUGUUGGAGUGGCUUCAGCUCUUGCAUUAUAUUAUAGAUCAUAUGUUGCUGAAGCAAAGAAAGAUGCAGAUGUUCCUGCCAUCCAAGGAAAUACUGGAAUUGUAUUAUUUUCAACAAGUCGUACACAUUCUGAGCUAGAUGAGUCUGAAACUAGGGCUGUGACUGCUGGAGAAGAGAUUGUAGGGUUGCCUGAAUACACCAUGGAAGAAGUAGCUAAGCAUGAUUCUCUUCAGAACAGAAUCUGGGUGUCCUACCAUAGUGGAGUGUAUGACAUUACAGACUUUAUCCCCUUACAUCCAGGUGGAACUAAGAUAUUGAUGGCAGCAGGGGGUUCUUUGGAACCAUUUUGGGAAAUGUAUGCUGUCCACAAGAAAGAUGAGAUUCUUGCUAUGAUGGAAGAGUACAGAAUUGGAAAUCUUCGGGCUGAAGAUCGAGGUUAUGCUACUGCUAAUAUGGCUGACCCUUAUGCUGCAGAACCAAAACGACAUCACAUUUUUCAGCCAAGAUCUAUGAAACCUUUUAAUGCUGAACCUCCAUUAAGCUUACUUGUGGACAGUUUCAUUACUCCAAAUGAACUUUAUUUCAUAAGAAACCAUCUCCCAGUACCAGAAGUCAAUCCAGAGGAAUAUGAGUUGGAGAUUUCAGGAAUUGGCAUCAAAAAGGAAGUGGUACUUACCUUGGAGGAAUUGAAAACUAAAUUUCCGAAACAUACCAUCACUACCACCAUUCAGUGUGCUGGUAAUAGACGUUCGGAAAUUAACAAGAUUAAAAAAGUGAAGGGCCUAGACUGGGGUUCAGCUGCCAUCAGCACUGCACAGUGGAGUGGAGCACGCCUGUUAGAUGUUUUGAAGCAUGCUGGUGCCGAUGUUGAACAUAAAGACAUCAAACAUAUAGAGUUUGAAGGUUUAGACACUGAUCCAGCUCAUCAGCCAUAUGGAGCAUCUGUUCCUGCUGAAAAGGCACUUGAUCCAAAUGCUGAUGUAUUGUUGGCAUAUGAAAUGAAUGGAGAAGAAAUACCCAGAGAUCAUGGAUAUCCUGUGCGAGCAAUUGUGCCUGGUGUGGUCGGUGCUAGAAAUGUUAAGUGGGUUGGAAGGGUGGUGUUGACUGAUGAAGAAAGUCACAGCCAUUGGCAACGGAGAGAUUACAAAGGUUUCUCAUCAAGUUGUGAUUGGGAUACGGCUGAUUUUGAUAAAGCCUACUCCAUUCAAGAGCUGCCUGUUCAGUCAGCUAUCUGUGUUCCAUCAGAUGGUGCUACUGUUUCAACUGUUAGUGGAGCUGUUAAGGCUAAAGGGUAUGCAUGGAGUGGAGGAGGUAGGAAGAUCAUUCGUGUUGAUGUGUCUAUUGACCAAGGUAAAACCUGGAUCAAUGCUAAGCUGAAUCAAGAUGACUCUUCCAUUUACCGAUCAUGGGCCUGGACCUUGUGGGAGGCUGAUAUUCCACUUCCUGAGAACACUAAACCUGGGACACAAGUUGAGGUUAUAUGUAAGGCUGUGGAUUCAUCUUACAAUGUUCAACCAGAAACGUUUGAACCACUCUGGAACAUACGAGGAGUUUUAGCGACAGCAUGGCACAGAGUCACUGUUACGAUUGAGUGAAAAGUAUAAGCUACAAGUGAAGUUCUUUUAUCUGUUUAGCUAAAGCUUUAAUUCUAACAUGUUUGUCACAAGAGGGUACUAUAUCAUAUCAAAGUGCAAUGUAUGUAAAACUAACCAUUAUUUUAGGCUGUGGUGUAGAUACUUGAAGUCCCUGAUAUAAUGUCAAGAAACAUUUACUGCCUUAUUUGAAAUUAAGAAGUUAGUUAUAACCCUACACCCUGUUUUUAAUUAGAUAAAGCUUAUAUAAUUGUAAUAUGAGGUAAUUCAAAAGCAGUAACCACAUAAAAAUUGUACUUGAAUUUUUCUACUCUUUUUAGAGUCAAGGGAAUGAUUUAUAAGACUGUUUUAUCAUCCACACUAAAAGAGAAUUUACUUAUUUGUUAUUAAUGCAUAUUUUAUUAAGAUAUCUUCAAAAUACUGAAACAUGUGAUUUUUACUUUUGUACAUGCACAUUAUGUGAGUUUUUGCCUGAAGCAUCUGUCCCAAAACAAAGACUGUAAAUGAAAAUGUAAUACAAAGUAUUAUAUACCACAGCAUUUGAAAAUCAACAUUUCUAAAGUACAAAUUGAUUUGUUUUUUAAAUUUCCUCACUAAUGUUAAAUUAAAAGUGUUUAUUUGAAAGGUAGUGAAAUGCAGUGAGCCAGAAUUUCUUUUCAUUCAUUAGUUCUGUCAGAAACUUGUAGUUGGCUAUUGCCAAUUAAAUUUAAUUUGGAACUCCUCCAGAACAUUGUUUUUUACUUUUUAAGUAAACUUAAGGUUUCUGUUCAUUGAUGCAUACAGUUCAACGUAUACUAUUUAUGUUUCACCUUACUCUGUUUCUGGCAUGCAUUUCAAAUAUAUUUGAGUUUUAAACUAGUUAUAGUAAAAUAAAAAGUACAAAAAGAGACAAAGUGAUUAUUUUAUGUAGUUGAGUUCCUGUAUUGAUAUUGAAUGAAUAGUCAUAGUAAAAUGCUGAAAAUGGUGUUUCUUGUGGAGAUUAAUGUGUAUGGAGAUCCACAUAACAAACACUAUCUAUACGAUAAUUGUGUAUAUGUUGUCAUUCCACAGCUAUGUAUUUAACAAGCUCCCCAGUAGCACAGUGGUAUGUCUGGAUAAUGCUAGAAACAGGGUUUCGAUACCUGUGGUGAGCAGAGCACAGAUAGCCCUUUGUGUAGCUUUGUGCAU